AUGAGUUCGAUAGAAUCAACGCUAGAUGCCCUGACGAGCGUCGACUCCUUGGUCGACACUCUAAAAGCAUGUAUUUGGAAGCAAGAUAAAGUUAUACGCGAGAAAAACGAAGAGAUUGAAAAUCUCAAGUCGAGAGUGAAAGAACUGGAAAAGGAGCGAAAUCAACUCCACCGUUAUAUUGCAAGGGAAAGGGCCAAUAGCUUGACAAACGUCAACACUGGCGCAAAAAAUAUAGCGGAUGGUGAAAACAGGUGAGGAAAUCAGAGAGAAACAAGAUACGUUAUAAACUCAAAACAGGUCGCCUUUCCACUUCGAAGCUCAAAUACUUCAUGAAAAAUUUCUUUUAUUUUUACGCAUGGCCUGAGGGGAAAUUAUUGCAUAUUUCCAUAACAUUUUUAUAUAUAUUUUUAUUUUUAUGCUGGUCGUAUUAAAAAGAUAUAAACCAUUUUUCUUCGGCGCCAUUUCCGAAUGGUUGAAAAUUUUUUUUGAAAUUUAAGUACGAAAGUAAAUUGCAACAGCUUCUACUAAUUUGGCGCGUGGGCGAUUUCUUUGUUUUUACCCGCGCAGACACGUGGAGCUACGGUCUAAAGUGCGCUGUGUUUUCAUUUAAAAUUGUUUACUUUCAUCAACAACAUUGAGGUAAAUGCAAUGUUUAUUACCAAUAGAUCAUGUUGCUUUUAAAUAAAUCACCGAAGUGCUUCAAAUAAGUAAACAGUGGAAUUGUUUUUGAUAGUAAGAGGUUAUUUUUGUUGUGGAAGCUUGCCACUUACCAAUUAAAUGCUAAACAUUUCUCCCUAUUUUCUGAACAAAUAUGACCAAUUUAGUCUGACAGUGUCACUCAAAAGAAAAAUUAUUUGAAACAUUGCCAAGGAAUUAGAUUAUUCAUAAAUUAUUGAUAUGCAAAUUCAAUCCAAGGAAAUGACUAGUUUCAUGUCUUUCAGUUUCAAAUUUUUGUCUGAUAUGUACCACAAAAUAAUAAACUUAGAAUGUCAUUCUUUAAUAAUAAUAAAAAAAAAUAAAUGACUUUGUGUUUAUCUUUAUGUUUAUCUGUGAAUAUUCUUGCUUUGAUUUGUCUGUUCAAGUAGAAGAUUGAUAACUUAUUGACCCCUACACUCCCUUGAGUGAUCAAGAAGUAAUUUCUCCUUACAAUCUCAAUAUGAUAUCAAGCAAACUGGUGAUGAGAAUAAAGAAAAGUGUCAAUAAGUGGAUUAUAUUUGGGUUCAACUCUUAAUUAUCAAAACUAAGAUUAUGGGAAAUUUAUGGCAGAUAGCACGGAGAAUGAUUAUGGCUGAAAAGCCCUGUUUAAAGAAGUCUCAGUAAAAUAUUAUGAAUGUAGAAUCACUAUUAAGAUCUUAGUAGUGAACAGGUUUAAACCUUGCCUUAACCGAAACAGAAACAGGCUUUCCUUUCAGGCAGUGGAGAUCAAAGAAUUUUCUAUCCCCUCUGCAAAAAUCAAUAGCUAAAUUUGGGUUGCUUGAGCUACAUUUAAAUUCUUACUUUUUUAUACUUGCAUUCAAGGGUAGAUUAAGUACUAUCUUCAAGUUGGCUUAACUCUUUUAACUCCUAUGAAUGACCAAAAUGAAUAAAAUUUCUCUUUCAAAUAUCAAUACAAUAUCAAGCAGACUAGUGAUGAGAAUGAAGGAAAAUAUUAAUUAGGGGAUUAUCAGGGGUUUCAAUAACUUUUUACAUAAGUGGCUGCUGAUGGUACAAUAGGUGGCUGUGAAUUAAGGUGGAACUCAAAAAGGAGAGCCUCCUCACAGGCUAAUGGUACAACAGAGAGUGGUCUAACAGGCGGUCUUAGACUGCUGGUAACUAGCUUUUAUUGAAACCCCUGGAUCAUUAGUUGAUCCAAGACUAAAUUCUCUGACCUAACAUUUUAAGAAUUGCAUGGUUGAUAGUAAGGAGAAUUAACCCCUUUAUUGCCUGUAUGAUGUACUGAGUAUUUCACAAAAUUUGAAGUCUGUGUGCCUAGCUAGGUACUUAGUACAUAAAAAGCUAGAGAGUAACAGUCAAAUACCUGGCAUUGGAGGUGUAAAAUAUACUCGCCUUUCAAACUCAAAACCAGUAAGAAUUCUGAAAAAUAAGUCAAUUUGCAUUGGCUGACUCCUCAGUGGGAUUGCCACUUAACCCUUUAACUCCCAGAACUGAUUAACAUAAAACUUCUCCCUACAAUAUCUAUAAAUUCUUCAGCAAACAGGUGAUGAGGAUAUUAACACUUAUCAGGUAGAAGCUGCUAUCUUGAUCUAGCACCAAGUUCUCAUAACUAAUUUACAAGGAAAUGUGUAGCAGCUACAGGGGAGAAUUAACAAUCAGAUCUUGGGAGUUAAAGGGUUGAUGGGUUGAUGAUAUUUUGGGAGUGAAAGGGUUACAAAUGUAUGAUGAGUUAAUUAGAUUAUGCCUUUUUUGUUAACUUAGGGUGGUGGACUCCAGAAAGAUUUCUCAGGAUACACCAGAGAGAAAUAGCUCAACUGAAGGCAAUUCUGAGGUCGUUACAACUCCUCAGACCCCAACAUCUCCCAUGAUCACAGUAACAGCUGCAGAAACACCACAAAACUCUCCAAAACUAGUAAAACGUGAUACUUUCAAAGCAGUCAAAAGAAAUGACAGCUUGAACAGACAGAAAUCAUUUUCGAAAAAAUAUGAACUUAGUCCAGAACUUCAAGACAGAAGUGUGAAGGUUCUGGAACGACAGUAUGGAGGCAAGGAUACUGCUCAUAAGGCAGCCCGAGUCAUUCAAUCAUACUACCGCAAAUAUAGAAUGGAUAAACAAUUUGAAAGGAUGAGGGCAUACUCAGGGUCUCCUUUAAAAGAUCCAUUUAGACCUAAAUCAAACAGCGAUCCUCGAUCUCAAAUUACAAGUCCCAGGACAGAGAAUUCCUCACAAGCUCAAGUGACACCUGUGCUGCGAAUCACAAAGAGGAAAAGAGGAAGUCAAAGAGUCAAGUCAAUACUUAUUAUAGACAAUAUCAACAGUUUAUCUGGUGCAGAACCUCAAAUGUAUAGCAGCGAAAUUGCAUUGAAUUCUUCUCAGGAUAAUCCUCCAGCAGAUCUUACAUCAAUAUUCUUUGGAGCAGGAUAUAAAACAGAUGCUAAAGUGAAUGAGCAAAGAGAAGCAGCAGACGAGAAGGUGGAUACAAGGCUAGGAAGUGUCACUAGUGAAACGGAACAUUAUGUUAAAGUGGAGGUUAUGGAUAAUGUGGAGACACUGCCUGACGAUGCUUUUGUGGAGGAUGAUAAAGUGCCUAAUGAGGUUCUCAAUGGAGACCUGCCUGGGAGGCCAAGGAGAGACACAAUCACUGAUGAUGGCUCGACCUAUGAGAGUGAUGACUCAGGUUUGAUAACUGUCUUUAGUGUUUCAUAACUAACAAAGAAAUCAAGGCACUUCAUAUUUGCUCAUUUCAAUUACACGCAAAUUGCUAAGGUUGAUUUUGUUUGUUAGCUGUUGGUAACCUGGUUGUGAUCUUAAACUGUUUAACUCCCAAGAUCUGAUUGUCAAUUCUCCCCUCCAGCUGCUUCUUAUUUCCUUGUAAAUUAGUUUCAAGAAUUUUAUGAUAGAUCAUGAUAACAACUUCUAUAUAUUGAGUUCAGGUAUUCUCACUACCUGCUUGCUGGAUAAUGUAUGGAUGUUAUAGGGAGACAUUACAUGUUAAUCACUUCAUCAAUUAUAACUUUACCUAGGGGAUGAAAUGAGAAGAGACCUCAGCAGUGUGGACAGUAUUGAUGGACUCUGCACAUCAGUUCCUUCUAGCACUGAUGAUGACACUUCAAGUCUUUAUUCAGAAUUUGAAUCUGGAACAAAACCUCAGAAGUUGGAGACCAGGAUUGGUAUAAACCACUUUAAUAGGUAUGCUUGGCUUUUCAGUCAUUUCCUUUUGUUGGAUGGAUUUUUUCAACAUAACGCUAGACACACACACAAAAAAACAUGUACUUUACCUUUCUCUUAAAUAUGUUACAGUUUAACUACCUUGACUCACAUGAUAUACAUUAAAUUUUCCAGUCCAAUUAGCAGAAAUGUUCUAUGAAUCUAGUCAAGAUUCUUUGUAAGCUUUGUUUGCUUUUGUCCGAAGGUCUAAUUGCCACAAUUGAAUUUAGUUCCAAUCAUUGUUCGUUUCCUCUAAAGUGAUUGGCUAAUUUUGUAUAUGAACAGGUGACUCUUGUCUUUCUGGUGUUUCCAUUGACUGUUUUUUGUUCUCGGAUCAAAAUCAUAAUUUGAUCAUUUUGGGAAUUCAUCCUGUGGUUAUAGUUUUUGUUGUAAUGAAAAAGUACUCAUGAGUCGCUGAACUGACUGACUGACUUAAUGGCUGACUGACUGACUGAAUGAAUGACUGAAUGAAUGAAUGACUGACUGACUGACUGACUGGCAAGCUGGCUGACUGACUGGCUGACCAACUGACUGACUGACUAACCGACUGAUUGAAUGAUUAACUGAAUGACUGAAUGACUGAAUGAAUGACUGAAUGACUUGGUGGCUGACUGACUGACUGACUCACAGAAUGAAUGAAUGAGGUGACUCUGGUCUUUCUAAUGUCACUGUUGACUCUUUUGUGUUCUCAAACUACAGGGCUAAAAAUUAACUCCAGUACUUGGUGGCCAGUCAGGCCAGUUUCCUUGAUUUCUCGGCGGCCCAUCCCAAAAUGAAGUAGCCCUCGAUUUCCUCUAGUUUAAAAUGAAAAACUUGAAUAAAUGCCCCAUGGCUUUUAACGAAGGGUUAACUAAAUGGAAAGAAUACAAAAGUACAGAGUCAUGUGGCAAUCACAAAAUCAAAAUGGUGUCUAUAUGUCGUGAAUGUGGAUCACUUGUGAAAUCACUGUUAAAACACCCGGAAUUUCCACUUCAGAACUAAAAAUUCACUAAAAUGGAUGAUCUUAGAGUCCAGGCAAAGAAACGAAGAGAAAGGUAGUCCAAUUGAAUUACAUAUUGAGUUUUAUUUUUAACUUUGUACUUCGCAUUUACAUUGCAACUUUUUGAAAUUCUGUAGCAUAGUUGCACAUCAGGCAUUCAAACCUUAACUUUUGGUGGCCCUUGUCAGUUUUAACUCGCCACUGGUGAUUGUGUGACCGCCAAUUUUUAGCCCUGAGACCAUGAUCACAAUUUGAUCAUUUUUUGGAAAAUUUGUUCUAUGGUUAUAGGUUUUGUUGUAAUGAAAUAGUAUUGAUAAGUUGCUGAACUGACUGACUGAAUGAAUGGCAAUGAAUGAAUGGCAAUGAACGAAUGACUGACUGAAUGAAUGAAUGAAUGGCUGACUGACUGACUGGCAAGCUGGCUAGCUGGCUGACUGACUGACUGGCAAGCUGGCUAGCUGGCUGACUGACUGACUGACUGACUGACUGACUGACUGACUGACUGACUGACUAACUGACUGAAUGAAUGGUUAAAUGAAUGACUGUCUGAAUGACUUUCUGAAUGGGUGACUGACUGACUGACUUACAGACUGAUUGACUGAAUGUUUAAAUUACAGAGCGACUGCCUGAUUGGUUGAUUGAUUGAUACUUGUGUAAUAAGUUUUAAAACACCUUUUACAUCCCUUAAAUCUACCUCUGAUUUGGAUAUGGUUUGAAAAUGCAAUUUUACAGGAAGCCAGAGAAAGGAAUUAAUUAUCUUGUAGCCCACCAAGUGUUGGAAGACAGUCCUGAAGUGGUUGCAAAGUUUCUGUUGAGUGAACCUGGCAUCAGUAAGCAGAAACUUGGAGAGUACUUGGGUAAUUUGCAAAAUGAAUUCAACAUGGAAGUUUUAAAGUAAGUAACUACCAGUAGCUUUAACUCAAAUUAACCUCUUACACAGGGUACACAGCAUAAAAUAUAAUUCAAACUCUGCAUAAUUCUUAACAUGGAGAUGCUUUAUCCAAUGAAGUAUUCAUUUAUGGGAGGAGAAUAUCAUAAAGUUCUGUGUUUACCUACAACCUUUGCUCAAUCUUUCUAUUAUGCAGUAAAACACAAUUUUCAUCUCUUUUUUUUUUUUCCUUCUCGUGACAGGUACUUUGUGCAGUCAAUGGAUUUUACUGGAAUGGAGGUUGAUGAGGCUCUGCGAGUAUACCAGACUUCGUUCAGAUUACCAGUAUGUUUCUUCUCAUCUGUUUAUAUACAAAAGCUGAUUUCUAUCAAUUUGACUAUAUGCUGUAAAAGAUUACCAGUAGGUUUGCCUCUUGUCUUUUUAUAUACAAAACCUGUUUUCUAUCAAUUUGAGUGUAGACUGUAAGAAAGUCUCAUGCGUAAAGUUUUUGUUCUUACCCAUGAUUUAGUUUGGGUUUGCACAUUGUGAAAAUUAUUUUUUGUUGUUGUCUUCCUUUCCUUCUUUCUCAGUAUCUAACAGAUAAUUGAAUUUAGUGCACCUCAGCCCUGGUGAUUGCAUCAAGUUAACCUGUUCACUCCUAAGAUCUUUUGAGUAAUCCUCCUUACUGUAUGUCAUAUAAUUCUUAUGAUGUUAGUGCAAAGAAUUUGGUAUUAGAUUAACCAAUAAUCCCCCUAUUUAUAUUUUUCUAUCUUCUCAUCUCUCAGCGGCUUGGUAUCAUAUUGAUAUUGCGAGGAGAAAUUCUGUUUUGGUCACUUGUGGGAGUAAAAGGGUUGACAGUUUUUUCUUUGAUGUUUCAGGGGGAAGCACAGAAAAUUGAAAAACUCAUGCUGGUAAGGCUACAUGCUAGUUGAUGUUACUAUCAACAGUCUGAUCAAAGUACAAAGAGCUACGUGUCCUUACUGAUAUAUUUGUCUUGUGUAGGAGUUUGCCACACAGUAUGUUGCAUGUAACCGUGUUAAUGAAAAGGGCGCAGUGGAUACAAUCCUUAUUCUGGCAUUUGCCAUUGUGAUGUUGAACACUGAUCUUCAUAGUCCCAAUGUGAAACGAAGGAUGACAGAAGCUGACUUCAUCAAUAACUUAAGGGGUACAUUUCCUAUUAAUAUUUUUCUCAUUUUAUCAUCUGAGAUUUCAAACUAACUCAUUAUCAUGUUAACUCAUUAUCAUGUUAACUCAUUAUCAUGUUAGAAGUUCUCUGUUUUGGUGGAGCUCUCAAUUUUUUUUUGUUAGUUUCAAACAUACAUACCUAAUGGUACUGAUUUUCAAAGUUGAAUGCAGCAGUUUUUAUGGCUUACAGUUUUUGAAAAGUGAUAAUCUAGAACAUUUUGUAUUUGGUAACCUCUAAAACAAUCAACAGUUUUGCUUACUGAGACUAUGUGAAGACAUAUGUCAAUUUGUUAAUAAAUUGAAUGAAGUACCAUAAUCUCCAGCCGUUUACCCGCAGGUAAUCUGUUGAUUUUGCAUUAAAUGCAUGCCACUGUGGGUAAUAGAGUGGUGCGGGUUAUGUCACCUACAUGCGUUUCCACCUCUCAAAUGAAUAUUAUUGUAUUAAGAGUGCCACAAAGCGGCAUGAAAACAUGAUGCUGACUCGAGUUUAUUUCACGCAUAAUUAGUUGCGUGACAAACAAAUUGUUAUCAGCAUGCGUGAAAACAAAACCUUGAUGGAGACAAAAAUAAUCCAAAGAUAACACUAGCUUGAGUUAAAGAGAAUUUUCCCAUUUUAAGGGACUUGUUAGGCCCAAUUGAACCAGAGAUAUCGAUUUUUUUUCUGAACUGACAGUACUUUAUAAUUCAGAUUUUAACACUCGCCCAGCUUUCUUUCAACAAAUCAACAUGGCGCUGAACAAUCGCUUGCACAAAAUGUGGCCACAAAUUCGCAUUCUGUCAAGUAUGAAAUGUUGAGAUUUGGGCAUGAACCGCUUGUGUUUUUACUUUAUAAUUUUAUCAAUAAAGUACAUGCUAGUAUUGACACAGAAUUGUGCACGCGUCUGAAUUUCUUUGACCUUAAAACUCAACAAAAAAGCUUUCAAGUUUUCAAAACUUAGAUCAGACAACUUUUAAAUGACUGAAAUGUAUCACCUUAAUGACACAUUUUCGUCACCAAAAAGUUGAAUAACAUAACAUGCGGGUUAUCCACCAGUGCAGGUAAUCUGUUGACUUUUUUUUUGCUGCAUGCAAUAAUUGGCCGGUGCGGGUAAUUGGCCUUGCAGGUAAACGGCUGGAAAUUACGUUAAGUAACACAAAGUUAAAGUUCAACUUUUAUUUCAGCACAAUAUCAGUGAUGAUAUAAAGGCUGAGCUGAAUAAACCCUUAACCCUUGAACUCCAAAAUCAAAUUUUUAGUUCUCCUUACUGUCAACCAUACAAUUCUCAUAAUGUUGGUUCGGAGAAUUUGGUAUUGGAUCAACAAAUUAUCCCUAAAUUGAUUUUCUUUUUUCUCAUCACUUAUCUGGUUAAUAUUACAUUGAUAUUGUUGGGAGAAAUAGCUUCCUUCAAUUUCCUUUCAGUGUGAUAGUGUUUCAUCUGCAAGAACAAUUUUAUUAAAUGUGCACCUCAAAACCCUGUAGGUUAACUCAGUAUUAAUAUUCAUUAGGUACCAACAAUGGUGGAGAUUUUCCAGAAGAGAGUUUGUUAGCGAUCUACAAUAGAGUAAAAAAGGUAUCCAACAUCAAUUUUUAAUGGAACACUGCCUUGUACAGUUAGUCGGUGAUCAGUUUUUUGGUGUGCGGGAGAAGCUCUUGACCUGCUGAUCUGAUGGUUAUUCUUUAUUCAGCAUAUUUAAUACAUGCUCUCGCUACUCACCAUAUACAAUUUUGCAGAAAGCAUUUUCUCCAGGAAAAGAUCAUGUCAAUGCUGUUGAGAAACUGAGUAAAAAGAUUGUUGGAACAAGAUCACCUUGGACUGUAAGUUGUCCUUUAAUAAUGAAGAGGGUUUUUAACUCUGAAAAAAUUUACAGCUUCUCAAGAUGGAGAUAACAUGAUGAGAAAGGCUUUUAAUAUCUAUGUUAUUGAUGGGUACUUAUGGUGUAGAGGAAAUUGCAACUAAUACAGGCACCAAUGCAACUAAAUUUUUAACUUUGGUGACCAAAUCCUGAAAAUUAGUUGCCAAAUUGGUGACUAGCAUGUUUCAUCAUAACCCUACCAAGAGAUAUAGUGAAUGAAAAAGAUUUACAAAGAUAAAUCCACGGCAAACUUCCUCAUUAAGUUUGUUUCCAAAAUGCGGCACAUGCAUCUCGAUCAAUAACUAGACACCAUCUUGGAUUUAAGUGAGCUUGAACUUUGUAUAUCAUACAUCCUAUUGUCCACUUUGUAGCAUGUUAAAGAUCUUUUCCUUCACUUAAUUUUGGAGGGUCUAUCUAGAAUGCUAACAGUGUAACAAAAGGUUUUUUUUGUCUUUAAAAAUGGCGACCAACUUUUUUUGAAUUGGCUGCCACUUCGAAGAAUUUAGGAGCCAAGUGGCUAUCAGAAUAAAAAAAUUUAAUUUCAUGCCCUGUAGUGUCCAGGUCUCUGGAGAGAAGAACUCUUGAGUAAUGCAAAAUGUAAAAAUCAGUUUAUUUUCCAAUAGUACCUGGAGCGUCUACUUCAUGGUUACAAAUUUAAAAGUGCUUUUUGAAUUAUUUUUGUUUCACUGAGUAGUGAAUUAGGCCUCCAAGAGCAGACAGAAGAAAUUUAAAUGUAAAGACAAUAUUCUUCCCAACCCUUUCUAGUGAACCCACAUUUAUGGUGAAUGGUCUGCUUAUUGAGGUGUGAUUGUUAUGAUCAUACAUUGCACCAUCUCUGUCUUUUCAGACACUGGCUGCUCUUCAUAGACAGCUUAGAUUGCUGACCCCUCUGUACGACGUGCGGGAUCCAAACAAGAAGGAGAAAGCUCACCCCAGAGUUAUCUUUCUCUUUAAUGACAUGCUAGUGGUGAGUGAGUAUACCUGACUCAACAGUUUAAAUUUUUUGCUCCGUGGUUUGCAAAAACCAUUUUUGGUGAACUAGCAUGCUUUGGUGUGACCCUUUUUCAUUGUUUUUUUUUUUUUCAUGUUAUACCUUUUGUUGCUUAGUGAAUGCAACUCUCAUAAUGACAGGAAAUUAUCAGAUAUUUUUGCACUUUUAAUUGGUACUUAAAGAUCUGUUGUUAUUCUUUUUCAGGCCACUAAAGAACGAGGUAGAGCUGGUCGCGGAGAGGGGAUUCAUUAUUACAGCUACAAGCUGUCCUUCUCCUUGUGUGGACUAAAAGUAUCCACCUUUUCAAAGGACUGUAAGUAAUUAUAAUAAUAAUUUAAUAAUUUAUUUACUUCUAUAGCGCCCUUUAACAUUUAUAUGAUCAAAGGCGCUUUACAAUUAGUGUCUCUUCCACCCAUCCCACCCCAGGGGAGGACAUCCACCACACAGUAAUCUCGUGGGUGGGAAAUUAACGUCUCCUACCCCAACCCUGCAGGAGACGGGGCCUACGGUUUUACGUCCUAUCCGAGAAGACGAAGUCAAUGAACCUAUUGUGUAACAGCAAGGGACUAGAGUCUAAGUGAGAAAAUCUGGACUGCGAACAUGAACAGUCUUGAAAUUGAAAAGGAUCCAAAUUUGCUUGUGUGGCAAAUCCAAGGGCACACCUCCCUAAUAUAUCCAAUAGUUGGAGCUACCUAUGUAUUAUGUAGAAUGUAGAAAAAUAGUUCAGUUGAAUCCUGAUUUGACUCUGAGUUGCUGUUGAUCUUUCCUUCGCAGGUUAUCCUUUUGGAAUACAGAUUUAUUCAAAACUAGAUAGCAGGGUAUGUAUAGAACUAUUCAGCUUGAAUUUGCAUUCUAUGUUUGACAACCAAUUCAACGCCAAAGUUACAGUUAUGUUCUAAUUAAUAUCUCGGGAAGUUAACGAUUUGCUAUGUGUUGCUUAUAAGUGUCUUAUAAGUGUUACUUACUGGUAUAUCUUGGUGUCAUUUUAUAGGUUCUGGCCUUUUUUAAUGCCAAGGAUGAAGAAACAAGAAAGGUGUUUGUUGACGAACUUGUUGACUGCAUAGAGGAGGUUUGUAUUAAUUAAAGUAGUGACUGCUUGAUUGACAUUUGGAUGGUAAAUAUCAGUAAUAAUAAUAUUAAUAAAAAUUUAGCAAAAGACAUUCCACUGUCUCCAGGUCCAAUUGGAAUUUAGAAUUAUGUGGUGUUUGACACUUUCCUGAUGAAUGUGUGUGGUUUUUUUUGCAGACAAAUGAAAUGGAAAGUGACCGAAUUAGUAAGUAGUUAACCUUCUCUAGUUGACUGUUUGCUCAAGUUAUUCACAAUUAAUUUUGGACAAAAAUUUUAUAGUUCUUUUGCUGUAAAACAGCUCAAGCUAGUUAUAUCUGGGAUUUAAGAUAUUUAGACAGUACACGUUUAUCGAAGAAUUUUUACAAAUUAAUGAUAAGAUUAAAUACCUAAGUAUGAUCUGUACCUUGAUGAGAAUGAAUGCAGAAUCUACAGAUAAUAAGAGGUAGGGCAUAAACAACAGGAAGGGAAUGCAAGCAAGUAUUUGCAGGAAGUAGAGCAGUAAUUUCUCACAGAUAACAAGUUAGGUUGCUAUGAUCCUAACAAAGAUCUUACUCUACUAAAACUGCACUGAGCUCAUAGAAGAGUCAUCUGGUGUUUAAAGGUUCUUAUCCAAAAAAUCUGACGUUCACAGCUCUGGAAAACUCUCAUGAAAGCAAAGUUUUGAAAGUUAUCCAAAGAAAAAAGUUACGUGACGUCUGUGUUGUGAUAAAUCACAGAGUUUUUAUGUUAUCUUUUAAUAUUUAUCACAGAGGUUCAAGUGGGUGUGAAUGAGAAUAUUUCUUGCAAAGUUUUUUGCCUGAGUAUUAUUGUGUUGAACCAUGAAGUUUAUUUAUGUGCUAACCUUUAAUUAACAGCGACAGAGAAACAGAAGCACCUUGGAACCAGGUUCAACAGAUCAGGGAUGGAUAUAAAUCGUGCAUCAUUAACAUUGCCAAAGAAAGUCAAGCAGCCAUCCCCAGAUACAAUCAGUUUGAUUGACAGUGCAGGUUCAAUGGAUUCCUUAAACACUGGCUUGAUGGGAUCAAAACAACUUUCUAGUUCACUUUUGAACAUUAAUGAGACUGGAGGUGUGUUAAGUUAGGCCAUAUUAGGUAGAGGGGUACUCUGGAAUUUUUGCUUUUGAUGGGGAGGGGUGGGAACUGUAUUGUGCUACUGGUACUCAGACUGACCUCUUAUUAUUUUGAUAAUGAUAAUGAUACAUUUUUAUAGUGCAUUCUCCAUGUGAAUAUGCUCUAAUGUACUUUAGAGUACUUUUACUUUUUUUACUCUUUGGCCAGACUGAAUCGAGCACUUUACAACUUUUUGAGAGGGAAUUUUGCACGUGCCCCCAAAAUGAUACAAACAAAUUUUAAAACAAAAAAAAAUCCAUAACACUUCUUAGAAUUUCCAUUGUCAGAAACUGUAUUGCACAGUUUACCUUUGCGAGAGAUAUGCUCAGAAGAUGGAUAGCUCUAUAAAUGUCAAAGUUUUUAACAUUUAAGUUGGUAAAUAGGCAUCUAUUAAAUUCAUAAAUGUUUUCCCAUUAAAUUAUACCCAAUUCUUGACCAAAUAGCUCGAAGGUCAUUCUACCAUUGCCAACUCUUUUUAUUUGGUCUUGACAUAAAGUACUUCUUUUUAUUUGCCUCUAGAGUUUUCAGAACUGAAGAAAAGCAGCAGUAUUUCAUCUUUAGAUAGUGCUUUUACUGAAGCAGUAAGUACUCAUGAGAGAUAUAAAACAGGUUUCUGUUUGUUAUUUCUCCUGUCAUUUUUUAUCAUUUUUACUCCUAAGAUUGCUAUUUGGCACAAUAUUCAGAACAAAUUCCUGCAAAAUGCAGUUCCUAUCUUCUUGUUUUCAUUCAAUACCUUAUUACAGCGCUGACAGACUCCCUAGACUUUACCUGAUAUUGAGCAGCCACGUUUGAUAUUACAGCUCCCCUUUGAGAUUAUAAGGAGAAAGUGAAACUAACUGCAAGUAGCCUUCCAGAUUUGUCAUGACAAAAUUAAAUUCAAGGAGACCAUGCAAUCUGCAGUCAAAUGUGAAUGUGAAUUUGUGCCCCACCCUAUCUCUUUCCCCCCCCCCCCCCAAAAAAAAAAAAAAAAAGAAAUGAGAGCCUGGUGUUUGCAAUUGAAAUUUUUAAGUGUCAAGCCCUUUUUUCUCUUUUUUUUAAUCUCUUCCUGGUGCUGUGAUAGAGUUCUGCAGCUUUUAUCAUUUUUAUUUUAUAACUAACACUAACGUUAAAAAUUGAAGGUUAUCAUUUAUUUGAUAAAAGAUAUUUUGAUAGUUUUAACACAAUAGUGAUGAUUUGUUCUUAUGAUAGUGCUAACCAGCUGCUAAUUCCUUAUAAUAAAAAAAAAAACAGUACCUUGUGGGGCUUAAUCCAGAAAAGGCCAGAAAAGAUGCCAAGAGCAAACGAGAGAAAGGAAAGAGAAAAAAAUCCCAAUCCAGAGACAGCAAGUCUAGAAUUCUUAGUUCUAUCAGUGAGUAUAGAAGAGAAACUAAUCAUGAAAGUUUCUGGUGGAAUUUUUAAUUUUUAAUUUGAUGUUAAUGGAAGCAUUUUUGAGUCAUCCUAAUUGCAUAGCAAGCUUUAUAACUAACUAUAACUAGGCAUAGACAUAAGAUGACUUUAAUUACUCUAAUCUAAUGUAUACUUUCUUUUUAUUUUUUAUCUUUUUAUUUCAUUCAAAAUGUCUUGAUUGAUUCGCAAAAUUUUUUUUUUUUCGGUCAGCUUUUCCUGUGACAAACCUAACUCUGAGAUGCCAUGUGAAAGAACAAGCCAGGGUCUUCAGUAGCAUGACUUGGGUUAUGAACUUUUUGGCAUUGGGGUUGAGAAAAACAAAAUUUACAGCUUAUAUUUCAUUCAUAUCAGGUGUGAAAGACACAGCACUUCAUCUGUUUCUUUCCCUCUUUUUCUGUUCUGUAGGGUUCUGAUCAGACAAUGUCCGACGAUCUUCAUGGCUCAAAUUCAACUCUUAAUAGAAAAGGAUUGUUUGGUAAAUGGCGCUCCAGAUACAACAGCAAAAGUGUUGGAAGGCCCUUGCCAAAAAUGAGCCCUGUGUCCAUGCCUGCAAGAAACUGUUCGACUCCCAUAUGACAUUAAUACCCAAUUUCCCAUUCACUCAUCACCCUCAUCCAUUUUUCAUAGAUCUUGAUACUUUAUCCAGGGAAAUAUAUCACUCGAAUAGUGAAAGGUGUCCAUUUGCCAGAGAUGGCACAGUCUGUGGUAAAUGACAGAUCAGAAGUCUUAACUAUCCCUUGCCUGAAAAUUACUAUUUUAGAGGAAGGAAAUUCAUAUAAACUUGCUAUAUUUUCAUAACUUAUAUGGUAUAGCUCAUUAUUCAAUGAAAUGUCUGUUAGAACAGUAUGAUAGAGAAUCCUAUACUGUCAAACUCAGAAAACUGUGAACACUGGAAAUACUGCUGGAUUGUUGUGGCGAAAGGGAAAGAAGACAGUCAGGCCCAAAGCAGCUAAACUGUAUGUGUCUUGCAACAGAAAUAAGUGUGUGGUUUGGCAAUUUGCUGGUGAGUCCAGAUAUCGAAGAUCAACAGGGUACCCAAAAUCUAGCCUGUGUACAGACCAUUACUAUAAUUAUACUAGCACUUCAGCAUCAGUGUCUCUUUGCCCAUGGAAAAGUAGGAAGGCUUGAGCAACAUAAGCUAGCAAGAGGUCUGCAAGAGCUCUAGUAAUGAUAGUGCCAGACUUACAGCAAACCUCUCCAUGACUCAUCUUAUCUUUCCAUGGGGAGAGAAACCUGCAUCCUGUUGUGAACUAUUGACUGCCUGCUCACAGGCUACCCAAAUACUCAAAUAUGCAGGGUAGGUCUUUUGUGGUUUUCUAAGUUUGACAGUUAAUGAAGUGAUCAUGUCAGAAUAUUUGAUCAUCCAUUCUGGCUGGUUGUAGUCUUAAAAUUGAAUGUUGGUGGUGAAUAUUGUUCCAUUAACAUGAAAAGAAGUAUUUUACACAACAGGUGUGUGUAGUGUACACAGGUAGAAAGACAAGUCAACAAUGGCAGAUCUGUUAAGGAGUAAUUUCAACUAGAGACUCCAGUGAUAAUUUUCAAACUUUGGUUACUCCAAGAUGUAUUCAUUUAAUUUCUUUAGUCUAAAAAGUCAACAAAGGCUGCAAAGGAGACUAAAUAAAUAUUACCCCUUUAAAAAAAAACAACAACAACAAACAAAACAAGAAAAUAUUAUUGAAAGCAAAAUGCCUAACAUUCAUGCUGUGGUGUUACCAGUAAGCAUUGAUAUUGUCUGCUUAUUAUGACCUUAUUCAGCUGUCAUCGCACAUUCUUACAGAUAUGACUACACUCAUUUAAGAUAUUUUUACAUGAUUAGAAGUAAUAAGACAAAUGUGUUCUACAGCAAAGGAAAAUCACCCUAGAGUUACAGUUUUAAAACAGUGGCAGUGAUCAGUUAGAUGACAAUGCAAAAAGUGGAGUGUUGUGAAUUUAUUAAGAACAUAGUUAUCCUUUAAUUAAUACAAAUUCGCAGCAAAUUUAUGUACGUAAUCAUUGACCCUUUCAGUCCCAAGAUCUCAAUAAUUCUGCUUCAUGUCUGUCAAACAUUACUAAUAGUUUUUGCUCUAAGAGUUUGGGGUAAAAUUAAAUAAUUAUCUUGUUGAUAUUUUUCUUUAUUCUCAACAUCUGUCUGCUUAAUACUGUAUCAGUAUUAAGGAAUUAAGUCUUUGUCACUCUUGGAAGUGAUACAGUUAGUAUUCUUUUCAAUUUUUGUAGGUUUUCUCUAUUACAGACUGGGAAUCCUUGGUGAAGGGAGAAAUAUGGGCAUUUUUUUUCAUUUUCUCAACCUAUUAACUACUAUAGGUGUUAAGCCUGACAUUAAUUUGAGUUCUCAGUUUGUAAACUCUAGGUCACAAUAGAUUGUAGAGAGGAUUAUAUAUUGAAAAUUUUUGGUUGUCAAGAGCAAUCUAUUUUUGCAUAGAUGUACUAUUUUGAGUGUGUACAUAAUUGAAUAAGGAUUACUCUGAUUCUCUUUACAAUUAUAAUAUCAGGACAAGGCCUAUUGAAAGUAUAAUAAUUUGCUUGUUCUAUUUUAGUUUGAGGAGUAAAUUAGGGUCACGAACUCAUUAAAUGUUUUUAAACUACACCAUGUUGUUGUAGAUAUAUGUCAUACUAACUGAGUUUGAAGUCCAUAGUGUAAAUUACAAACCAAGUUUUUUUCCACUUGCCCUGUGGUUGAAACAAAAAAAGCCACAAAUGCAAGUGGAAAAAAUGGGGUUUUCUAACCCAAGUACUGAUCAAGAAGAGAUCAGAUAUUUAUUAUAUCUCUGGGUUCAAAUAGAGAGGGAAGAUUGCAAACAAACUUUUAAAUUUAGCUGGCUGCACAGUGAAAUAUGGCCUGCCAAAUUGACCCUAUAAACCAAAUGUGUUAAUGAGGUGAGUUCAGCUCCUUAUCACAACCUAAGUUCCAUUACCAGCUGCCAUAAAGGAAACAAGUUUACACCCCCCUUCCCUAACCCCUUCCCCUCUCCCUUUCUUGA